GAUGGAGAGUUUGAUGGAGAGAGAAACGGUGUGUUUAACGGAGUCUGCAGGAAAAGGUGAUCUAGUAAACAUGAGUGAAGUACAAAUGCUGCUGUCGUUGAAGAAGCAGCGACUCACUGCUGCUGUUGAAGAUAUAUUUGCUCUGUUUGAAAAAACGAUAGCAGAGCACGAUGAGGAGCUGUCUCUUUCCAAAGAGGAGAACGAGAGACUCCAGAAACUACUGGACGCUGUGUUACAGCCUCAGCUUCGGAUACACAGAGCAGACCUCCAGCAGCUGGUGGUGGUUAAAGAAGAGCUUCUCCCUGACCAGCAGGAGUGGAGCACCAGUCUGGACCAGGAGGACUCAGAGCCCCCCCCACACAUUAAGCAGGAACAGGAGGAACCCAGGAUCAGUCAGGAGGGAGAGCAGCUUCAGGAGCUGGAGGAGGCUGAUAUCACCAAGUCCACUUUCACUCCUGACCCUGUGAAGAGUGAAGAUGAUGAAGAGAAACCUCAGUCCUCACAGCCUCAUCAAAGACAAACUGAACACAUGGAAACAGAAGCUGAUGGAGAUGACUGUCGAGGACCAGAACCAGCCAGGAACUCAGAUCCAGAGAGCAGUUUACAACCAAAGACUGAGGACGACACUGGAGACUCUUCUGAACCUGACACUGAACACAGUGCUGAUUGGAAGGAGACCAGAGAACCUGCGUCAGGCUCAAACUCACUGCAAAAUAUACAUGAAUCUGUCAGUGAUUCACGACGUAUUGCUGUAAAGAAAGCAUUUGGCUGCUCUGUGUGUACGAAAUAUUUUGCAUCGAGUGGAAAAUUAGAGCUACACAUGAGAAUCCACACAGGAGAGAAACCACACAGAUGCUCAGUCUGUAAGAAAGCUUUUUCACAGAUUGGAAGUGUAAAGCUACACAUGAGAGUCCACACAGGAGAGAAACCACACAGCUGCGCAGUCUGUAAGAAAGCUUUUUCACAGAAUGGAAAUUUAAAGCUACACAUGAUAAUCCACACAGGAGAAAAACCACACAGAUGCUCAGUCUGUAAGAAAGCUUUUUCACAGAAUACACAUUUAAAGGAACACAUGAGAAUCCACACAGGAGAGAAACCACACAGCUGCUCAGUCUGUAAGAAAGCUUUUUCACAGAAUACACAUUUAAAGCAACACAUGGGAAUCCACACAGGAGAGAAACCACACAGAUGCUCAGUCUGUAAGAAACCUUUUUCACAGCGUGGAGGUUUAAAGGAACACAUGAGAAUCCACACAGGAGAGAAACCAUUUAGCUGCUCAGUUUGUACCAAAUCUUUUAGAUGGAGUGUAAGUUUAAAGGAACACAUGAGAGUCCACACAGGAGAGGAAAUGUACAGCUGCAAUGUUUGUGACAAAAGAUUUAAAUGGCAUGGUGAUAUCAAAAGACACAAGUGUGUUGGUCGUCAGUCCUCACAGCUUAAUGAAAUUCAAACAGGAUGACGGAGAGGCAGAGCCUCCAAUCAGCAGCUCAGCUGAACACAUGGAAACAGAAGCUGAUGGAGGACAAUGAAUAAGUCUUAUGACAGUUCACACAUGAGAAAAAUCUUUCUUACUGGAUUAACAUUGUUGCACAACAUUCAUAUAAGACUUAAAUGAACUCCAUCUUUAUCAACAUAAGUGGACAAUAUGUUUAAAGUUUUUGUCAUACUGAUUUUCUGAUGUAUACGUUAACCACAUAAAUGUACCUGUUA